AUGUACCGGGUGUGUACAUUGCCGUUACGGCAGUUUGCCCAACGCCAGUCCACAACCAAUGCCCCGAGGCGGUUGCUGCACCUUGCCGCUAUCAAUGAAGGCAAUUCCCCGGUGACAAGGUCCGAAUUUUAUGCCCUCACGGGGGCUCCAGAUAACCAACUGAAGGCUGUAAUUUUUCGGAACCAAGUCAGCCCUACCAAUGACGCAUCACCAGACACCCGUGGUCUUCCUCCUUCGUCAACCCAUAUCCCGGCGUUGAACCAUUGGUUCGCCUUCACUAAACUUGAUGGGACGCGGGCUUGCUUCACGCAACACUUCAGGAAACAUGGACAAGCCCUUGCUGCCUAUGAAGUCGUCCUCGACAAGACAGAUAUCGAGGGCGUGUUAAACGCAAACCUCAAGGCUUUCCAGACCUGGUUAAAGAACACAUCAUCCCAAGUCCCCCACCACGGCCUCCUAGCCGAGCUAUUACACCAUCUACUCCUCGAGUGGGAGUCUCCCGCAACCCCCGGGUUCGCACGCUUCCACGCGCCCCUCGCUUUACUCGACGCCGCUCGCCAAUAUAACACCACCCAAGCCGACCCUUCCAGGCGCCUUUCCAGGCUCUACGUCGCUCAGAUGCCCCUCUCAAACCUUCCUCCAAGCCUCCAGCAUGGCCUUCCCACUCCCGCACUCCUCACAGAAACGCCAUCCCACACAACCACACCCUCAGCCUCAGCCUCAGCCUCAGCCACGACCACACCUACACCUACCACGCCCCCAGCAGACAUCUACACAAGCAGCAUCUGGCUCGGUCUCGAACCCACCUUCACCCCCUGGCACCGCGACCCCAACCACAACAUCUUUUGCCAGCUCCACGGCACCAAACAAGUCCGUGUGCUCCCGCCCGUAGCCGGCGAGCGCCUCUUUCGUCGUGUUUUAGACACCCACCACCGCAGUCACCACAGUACGUCGUCUGGUUUCAGUGGAAGUAGCGCCAUCCGCGGCGAGGAGAUGAUGCACAGUUCCGAGAGGCAGGCGUGGUACGACGCCGUUUGGGGGGAGGGCGUAAAAGGGGAGGAGGAGCAGGGCCUUGCGCCCGAGUAUCAACUUAUGCAACAUGCGGAAGUUGGGCCUCGCGACAUGAUGUUUAUUCCUAAAGGUUGGUGGCACAGUUUUGUGAGUACUUCUGAUGUGGAGGGGGGCUUGAAUGCAUCUGUGAACUGGUGGUUUCGGUGGAGGAGGCCAUCAUGA